AUGAAUAUCGGCAUAUUAAAACACGCCUUCAUGCCUACACCUCCCACAGCCUACAACAAUAAUGAGCAGCUCAGGAUUGUGAUGGUGGGGAAGACUGGAGCUGGGAAGAGCGCCACAGGAAACACCAUUCUGGGAAAAAAGGAAUUUAAAUCAGAAUUAUCUGCUAUAUCUUCAACAAAAUGCUGUGAAAAGGCUCCUGGUGAGGUGGAUGGACAAAUGGUUUCUGUUAUCGACACUCCGGGCCUGUUUGACACUAGGAACACUGAAAAGGAAACGGUUAAAGAUGUUGUCCAGUGCAUUUCUUAUGCUUCACCUGGACCUCAUAUCUUUCUGGUCGUCAUCAAACUGGGCAGAUACACAGAUGAAGAAAAACAGACGGUGCAGAAGAUUCAGAAAAUCUUUGGUGAGGAAGCCUACAAAUACAGCAUGGUUCUCUUUACCCAUGGUGACCAACUCAAAGGGAAAACUAUUGAGGAGUUCUUGAAGGACAGCGAAGAUCUGAGGGAACUUGUGUCCAGAUGUAACGGCCAGUACCACGUGUUCAAUAAUGAGGUGAAAGAUCAUUCUCAGGUCAGUGAGCUGCUCGAGAAGAUCAGAAAUAUAAAUGUGAAGAAUGGAGGAAGCUACUACACCACCGAAAUGUUCCAAAAGGCAGAGAGAGUGAUAGAAGAGGAGAAACAACGAAUCCUGAAAGAGAAAGAAGAGCAAAACAGCGAAGAGCAGGAAGUGAUGAAGGAAAUAGAGGAAAAGUUUCAGCAACAGCUCAGACAAGUGAAGGGUGACACUGAGAGAGAGACUACAUUAAAGGAAGAAUGUGAAGAAGAAAUCAAAAAUAAAAUGACAAAACUGAAGGAAAAGCAAGAACUUCAGGCCAGAAAGGAAGCAGAGGACAGCAACUGUGUCAUCCAAGUGCUAAUUCAAACUUUUAAUGUGAUUGCUUCACUUCUUCAACUGCUCUUACUUUUCAAACGGAGAUAG